AUGGUAAAAGGUUAUAUGUCUCCACACCCAUCUCCACUAGGAGCACCAGAGCAUGUGUCCAGUCCCAUGUCUGGAGGAGGUCCAACUCCACCUCAGAUGACUUCCAGCCAGCCAGGACCCAUUAUACCAGGAGACCCACAAGUUAUGAAUCAACCUAACAGAGGUCCUUCCCCUUUCAGCCCUGUACAGCUGCAUCAGCUACGGGCUCAGAUACUGGCAUACAAAAUGUUAGCUAGAGGUCAGCCUUUACCAGAAAACCUCCAGCUUGCUGUUCAGGGCAAGAGGACCCUGCCUGGCAUUCAGCAGCAGCAGCCUCCCAGUGCCUUCAACAGACAGCCUGGUAUUGGGUUGCAUACAAUGAGUGGUGCUGCAACUGGACCGGGGCCUGCUCCAGCGGUGCCUGGACAUACAACUGCCAUUACCCCUAAAACUUGGACUGAAGGCCAAACCCCAGAUAUGAGUGUCUCCAACGCGCAGCAGAAGCUUCCAGCACCUCCCCCCAGUGGGAGGCCUUCUCCUGCCCCCCCUGCUGCCCAGCCUGCUGCCGCCUUGCCUGGGCCGUCUGUACCACAGCCACCGCCUGGACAGCCUUCGCCCAUUGUUCAGCUGCAGCAAAAGCAGAAUCGCAUCAGCCCUAUCCAGAAGCCACAAGGACUGGAUCCUGUUGAAAUACUCCAAGAACGUGAAUAUAGGCUUCAGGCUCGAAUUGCUCACAGAAUCCAGGAACUGGAGAACUUGCCUGGUUCUCUGCCCCCUGAUCUGCGAACCAAAGCUACAGUGGAGUUGAAGGCACUUAGGUUACUGAACUUCCAGCGCCAGCUAAGACAAGAGGUGGUAGCUUGCAUGCGUCGUGACACAACACUGGAGACAGCGCUAAACUCCAAAGCCUACAAACGAAGCAAGCGCCAGACUUUGAGGGAGGCCCGAAUGACAGAAAAACUUGAGAAACAGCAGAAGAUAGAACAGGAGAGGAAGCGUAGGCAGAAGCAUCAGGAAUACCUGAACAGCAUAUUGCAGCAUGCUAAAGAUUUUAAAGAGUACCACCGAUCAGUUGCUGGGAAAAUUCAGAAACUUUCUAAAGCUGUUGCAACCUGGCAUGCCAACACUGAGCGUGAGCAGAAAAAAGAAACUGAGAGAAUUGAGAAAGAAAGAAUGAGGAGACUAAUGGCUGAAGAUGAAGAAGGCUACCGUAAGCUGAUUGACCAGAAGAAAGAUAGACGCCUGGCCUACCUAUUGCAGCAGACAGAUGAGUAUGUGGCUAACUUGACUAACCUGGUAUGGGAGCAUAAACAGGCACAAGCUGCCAAAGAGAAGAAGAAGAGAAGGAGAAGAAAGAAGAAGGCUGAAGAAAACGCAGAAGGAAUGGCAUCUGGUCUUGGUCCUGAUGGAGAGCCCAUAGAUGAGAGCAGUCAGAUGAGUGACCUUCCAGUCAAAGUGACUCACACUGAAACAGGCAAAGUUCUUCUUGGGCCAGAAGCACCAAAAGCAAGUCAGCUGGAUGCUUGGCUGGAAAUGAACCCUGGCUAUGAAGUUGCUCCCCGGUCAGACAGUGAAGAUGAAAGUGGCUCUGAAUAUGAGGAGGAGGAUGAUGAUGAAGAAUCAAGCAAGUUAGAAUCAGAUGAUAAGAUACUUCUGGAUCCUAACAGUGAGGAAGUUUCUGAGAAAGAUGCAAAGCAAAUCAUUGAGACAGCCAAACAAGAUGUGGAUGAUGAAUAUAGCAUGCAAUAUAGUGCUAGAGGGUCUCAGUCCUACUACACUGUUGCUCAUGCAAUCACAGAAAGGGUGGAAAAGCAGUCUUCUCUUCUUAUUAAUGGCACACUAAAACAUUAUCAGCUCCAGGGACUGGAAUGGAUGGUUUCACUCUAUAAUAACAAUCUGAAUGGAAUUUUGGCUGAUGAGAUGGGGCUUGGAAAGACAAUACAGACUAUUGCACUCAUCACUUACCUGAUGGAGCACAAAAGACUCAAUGGCCCCUAUCUCAUCAUUGUUCCCCUUUCGACUUUAUCUAAUUGGACGUAUGAAUUUGACAAAUGGGCUCCUUCCGUGGUGAAGAUCUCUUACAAGGGUACACCUGCAAUGCGCCGCUCACUCGUUCCGCAGCUUCGAAGUGGAAAAUUUAAUGUUCUUUUAACUACUUACGAGUACAUAAUAAAGGACAAACACAUCCUUGCUAAGAUUCGGUGGAAGUACAUGAUAGUAGAUGAAGGCCAUCGGAUGAAGAACCACCACUGCAAGCUGACUCAGGUCUUGAAUACUCACUAUGUGGCCCCAAGGCGAAUACUGCUGACUGGGACUCCGUUGCAGAACAAAUUGCCUGAACUUUGGGCUCUUCUCAAUUUCCUCCUCCCAACCAUUUUCAAGAGCUGUAGCACCUUUGAACAGUGGUUCAACGCUCCAUUUGCCAUGACUGGAGAAAGGGUGGACUUAAAUGAGGAAGAAACUAUUCUGAUCAUCCGUCGUCUCCAUAAAGUACUCCGACCCUUCUUGCUGAGAAGAUUGAAGAAAGAGGUUGAGUCUCAACUGCCAGAAAAGGUGGAAUAUGUUAUCAAAUGUGAUAUGUCAGCUCUUCAGAAGAUCCUGUACCGUCACAUGCAAGCUAAGGGAAUCCUUCUCACAGAUGGUUCUGAAAAAGACAAAAAGGGAAAAGGUGGGGCAAAAACUCUUAUGAACACUAUCAUGCAAUUGAGAAAGAUAUGCAAUCACCCAUACAUGUUUCAACACAUUGAGGAGUCCUUUGCUGAACAUUUAGGCUACUCAAAUGGUGUCAUCAACGGAGCUGAACUUUAUCGGGCCUCAGGGAAGUUUGAGCUACUCGAUCGUAUUCUACCUAAGUUACGAGCAACUAACCAUCGUGUGCUUCUUUUCUGUCAAAUGACAUCACUGAUGACCAUUAUGGAAGAUUACUUUGCCUUUCGAAAUUUCCUUUACCUGCGCCUUGAUGGUAAGCUAAACAAAAAAAAAAAGGAUAAAUAA